CUGAAAUUGCGAACUUCUACAUUUGUACGUUCAUCUUGAUUUCCCAUUUUAUAAUUUUCCUUUCGUGUACAAUUAACAAUGCUAGCCGAAGAAGAAACUGAGUUGCGAGAUUUAAUUAUUCAAAAUUUGGAAAAAUGCGGGUUUUUGAAUAAAAUAAAAGCCGAACUUCGUGCUGGUGUUUGUUUAGCUUUGGAAGAGGAAACCGAUUUUAAAACGAAAAUUCCUUUGCUGAAUGCAAAACUAAAUGAUUUUGUUGAUACACCCGAAGGAAAGUUAGUUGUUUCAAUUAUACGUGAGUUUCUUGAAUAUUUCGGUUUAAACUUUACAUUAUCAGUGUUCGACCCUGAAGUAUCCUGCAAAACGCCAUUCUUAUCCCGCUCUCAGCUGUGUGACAGGUUGAAACUGAGUAUCACGGAUAAGGAAUCUGUGAUUUCAAGUUUGCUGAAACCUUCUCAUACUGGUAAUAGGAGAGACUUUCCUGACACUUCUGUUCGGGACACAGACUUAAUGCGAUCGAAGAGCACAGAUAUAUCAUCGUCGAGGAGAUACAUUUCUGAAAAUGUUUCAGGAGGUGAAGAAGGUUUUCCGAAUUCAAUGCAAAAAGAACUGACUGUUUCAAAUGAUGUUAAAAAUCAGUUUGUCAAAAAUAAAGCCUCUGAGGGAGGUAUAGGGCUAAAUAAUGAAAAAGCUAAGCAAGAAGAAACUUUGUUUAGAGGAGAUAAAACUAGGGAAAACGAACCUUUUUCAAAAGUUGACUCUUCUAAAUUUCAAAAACCUGAUUUUAAGAUGGAUAAUAUUUUUUCAAAAGAGAAAUCUGAUUCUCCUCUGGAUGAGAUAAAAGAUAUUUCUGAUAUCACUCACGAUUCAUUUUUUGAUGAGCCUCUCCCAGCUGCAAAACCAGCAUAUUUUAAUUAUGCAGAAGAUAUCAUUGGUACAAAUUUCAAAGGUAACUCCAAAACUAAUAUUUUUAAAGACAAAAAUAAUCAGUAUGGUAUUGACAACAAUAGCUUGACAUCGUUAAAAGAUUUGCCAUCUUUAACCACCAAAGAAUGGUCAUUUAGUAAAGAUCCUAAAAACAUGCAUCCCAGCUUAGAUUCUUUGAAAUCUGUUUCAAGCUCGGAAAAUUCAAAUGAAGAAAUAAUAAAUUUAGAUGAUGAUUUAAACAACAAAAAAGAUGCUGAUAUCACGGAAUCAAAUGAAGACACAAGUGAAAAGCAACUUAAUUCUGAAGAAAGUAUUGAGGAAGACAUAGAUGAGGAUGCAUCAACUGGACUAGAUGACUUAUUAAAUAGUAGUUUGUCUCUAGCUGAUGAUGCAACUACUGAUCAAACUGUAUCCCAAAUUAGCAUUGUUCAUGGUGUUGAUCACGUUGAGCCUUGCAAUUCCUUGAGUUGAUAAGUCAUUCUUCCUAAAGGAUAAAAUUACUUUCAACUUAUUCAAAUAAUUGCUCUCAUAAUCAUAGAAUUUCUAAUUAAUAUAGUAGCCUUUAUUUAAAAAGUGGCAAAAGUAUAACAAGUAUAAUGUCAGUUAAAUCCUAAAUUAAUCAUUACUGCUAACUAUUAUUGUGAAUUUUCAAUCCCUAAACUUCAGCUUUGUACAGUGUUGCCAGAUUGGGGAAAUUUCCCCAUUUCGGGGAAAUCUGGUGCUUUUUGGGGAAAUG